AUGGCGUGCUUUCAUCUGGCUCGGGUCAAAGUGAACUGGACAGCACUUUUAAUUUUGGCCCACUUCACAUACCUGCUGAUCGGGGCCAUCAUCUUCCAGAUUCUGGAAAGAGAAGCCGAGAGCAACAACAGAAACCACUUCCAGCUAGAGAAACUACAUUUUCUGGCUAAUUACACCUGCUUGGAUGGUCCUGCCUUGGAGAAGUUUGUCCAGGUGAUUUUAUAUGCCUGGGAAAAGGGAGUGAACCCCUCAGGCAACUCAACCAACCCCAGUAACUGGGAUUUCAGCAGCUCCUUCUUUUUUGCAGGCACAGUCGUCACAACCAUUGGUUACGGAAACCUCUCCCCGAGCACUGUGUCCGGUCAGGUGUUUUGUGUGUUUUAUGCACUCUGUGGUAUUCCUCUGAACCUGGCUUUCCUGAAACAAAUGGGCAAGUGUCUGACCAUUCAUCUGGGUCGACUAGAGACAGGAAUGGUGGCGGUUGUUCCUCACAAGAAAGCCGUGGAAGCCCUGGCAGUCAGUUUGUUCUUCAUCACCGGCAGCAUGCUGUUUCUCGUCAUCCCUCCUCUUCUGUUCAGUUAUGUGGAAAGCUGGACGUUUGGAGAGGCCUUCUACUUUGCCUUCAUUACCCUCAGCACCAUUGGUUUUGGAGAUUAUGUAGUAGGCACCGACCCAGGGAAGGAGUACAUCUCCCUGUACCGCUGCCUUGCAGGCAUUUGGAUCAUCUUCGCGCUUGCUUGGCUCGCGCUUAUCCUCAACAUGGGAGUGAGGAUCAUGGAGAACCUGGUUAUCCUGACUCACCCAGGUUUUAAGAAGCAUGAAGAAGAGGAUGAGGACGUUUCCUCCAGUAAAUUAGAAGUCACAUCAAAGAUCUGACAAUGGACUUUAAAAUUCUUUCAAGUAAUAUUAUUCUGCUGGUUAAUACUUUAUUUAAUCCUUUUUUCUCUCUCUCUCUAAUAUCUCUCUUAAUACAAGACGAGGCAACAACAGUUUUAAUACAUACAUAUAUUGGGGAUAUAUUGUGUUCUACCUCAGUGUGAAAGCCUGCUUGAUCAGGAAUCAUCUGUUUUUUCCAUUCUAUGAUUGGUGUUUAUCUUUUCCUUGUUCUCUUCUGAUUCCCACCCGUAUGAUUAGAUGUUCAAACAGGAAGCUCAUAUCUGGGCUGUUAUUUCACGACACCCUGUCACAUGGCGUGUGGGGGUGUGCGUGGGGCGGUGUGUGUGCGUGUGUUUUGUGUGUGUUCAUUGAUGUCAGUCCACAUCUGUGCUUGUGUGCUGACGGGAGACUCUAGUGACUUGAGCACGGACGGCUAUCUUAAACCAACACAUUAAUCAAGAUGGUGAUGCGAGGUGGAAAAAAGAGGAUGGCCCUCACCUGACACUGCCUUAUGUUUUUCAGAAGACAAAAUUAAAAACACCAAAUACGCAUAUCUGACAUUCAUUCAAGAUGCCGUGCAAAGGAGCUCAUACAUCUGGACUUUUUCCACAAUUUGUCACGUUGCAAUCACAAAUUUUUAUGUUUUUGUUCCUAUUGUAUUUGACCAACAUUAAAGUAUUGCACAAUGAUGGAGUGGAAGGAAGAGGAUGUAGGGUUUAUUAGCAAUAAAAAUCUUAAAUAU